AUGGAUGAUCGUGAAGUCCCACACUACUUCAUCUGUGCCAUUUCUCUCCAAAUCAUGAAAGAUCCGGUGACUGUCGCCACCGGCAUCACCUACGACAGAGAUAGCAUCCAACGGUGGCAGUUCCACGGCCAAAACAACACUUGUCCAGUCACCAAUCAACCGCUUCCCAUCGGCUCCGACUUCACUCCCAAUCACAACCUCCGCCGCCUCAUCCAAGCUUGGUGUGUCUCAGUCUCAGAUCAACUUCCACCACCCAACCAACCGUCUUUCCACAAGGAAUUUGCCAUGAACCUCAUCAAGAAUCUUAAGCUACCGGAGAUGCAAUUAGAAUCACUAAAAAGGUUAGAAAAUCUUGCGUCUGAGAACCAAAAUUAUAGGGUUUUCUUGAAAGAAGUUGCUGUUGUUCAAGCCAUGGUGAGUAUUGUAGUUUCGUGUUAUCAGAAUGGCACAAUCGUUGGUCUAAAAGAAGCCCUCAACGUUCUUUAUCUUGUUGGAUUUACACAAGAUGAAACUAGUUCGAUUCUUGAUGAAGAACAUGACCUAAUCAUAGAUUCUUUAACAUGGGUGUUGGAUUUCAGUGCUUGUGAUGACACAACAAUGAAAUUUCAUGCGAUAGUUUCUCUAAAAAACAUCAUACACAACGCAAAGUCGCAUGUUCUUGAGAGACUGAAGCGGGAUUUCUUCAAAACGAUCGUUCUACUUCUUCGACAACAAGAAUACAAGAAACUCGAACAAGGAACCAAAGAGGGUUUGCAUGUGAUGCUUAGCACUUGUACAUGGCCAAGAAACUGCUCGAUGAUGAUUGAAGCCGGAGCUGUUUUUGAGCUUGUGGAGCUGGAACUUGGCUCACUCGACAAGCCCACCACCGAGUUGAUUAUGGCAGUGUUGUUUCACUUGUGCUGUUCAGCCGAUGGGAGGGCUCAGCUUCUUGGUCAUGCAGCUGGAAUAGCCAUGAUCACAAAGAGGAUUGGGAAGGUUUCUCCCAAGGUUGAUGAAAGAGCCUUGAUGAUUAUUUCAUUGAUAUCCAAAUUCUCUGCAACUGAUGGGGUUCUUAACGAGAUGGUGAGGGUUGGAACGAUUGAGAAACUAAUGAUGGUUCUUCAAGUAAAUGGUAGGCAUUCAUAUCCAAGGGACAAAGCCAGAGAAAUCCUUAAAAGACACUCAAAUGUCUGGAAAGACUCUCCUUGUUUAGAUGCUACUCUUUUGACAAGGUAUCCCAGCUAGCGAGCUGAUUCAAUUCAGAUCCCAUAUAAUUUCAAUUGUCUUACAGCAAUUUAUAAAAAAUUCAAAAAUAAAAAAUCACAACUCAAAAUCUCAAAAAGAUUAUAAAUAAGUGCAUAUUUGAUAUCUUGAUGAGUUUCGGGUUGGGUUUCGGAGAGAAGAGAAGUUAUU